AGACAGUCAAACAUUAAGAACUUAAUACAAAACAAGACGACAGUAAUAAUAAAUUAUUAUUACAAUUAAUUACUAAGAAAAAACAUCGAAUUUAAUAAUAUUAGUGAAUAAAAAUAUCACUGCAGUGUAAAAAUGAUUUAGUCAAAAAGUUUUAUAAUUGAUUUUCCUUGUUAGUGUUGAUUUUUGUGCAAAUCAAUGUAUUGAUGUGACGCAUUUAAUAGGCUGAAUUACGUUUUAACAAAAUAAUGUAUUUAUAUUUAUCGGUAAUAUUGUUCGUAACGUCUUCUGUCCUGACGAAGAUCACCAAUCCAUACGACAGCUCGUGCAGCUACAACGAGUUUGAAUGCGGAGAUGGGGGCUGCGUGAGCAUCGACAGAGUCUGCAACGGCAUAGAGGAUUGUUCUGGUGCCGAAGAUGAGACUGUCUGCUACGAAAUACCCGCAAAAUUUGGAUUGCAUAGCUCUAGACGGCGUAGACAGACUUCUAAUUGCAAGAAGUCGGAGUGGCGUUGCCGCGACGGUACGUGCAUCUCGUUCGACGGUAAGUGCGACGGCGUCGUCGACUGUCCGGAUUCGAGCGACGAAACCCACGCGCUUUGCGGGAAGACUACAUGCCAGAGCAAUUGGUUCCGCUGCACGUAUGGCGCUUGCGUGGAUGGCACGGCGCCCUGCAACGGAAUCCAAGAGUGCGCCGACAACUCUGAUGAGCUGCUGCCUCAAUGUCGGGGGAAUGAGGUCGCGGACGCGACGAACUUGAGAGAUAAGUUCAAGUGUGCCGACGGUAACGUUAUACCGGCCACCGCGUUCUGUGACGGCGUAGCCGACUGCCCGGACGGGUCUGACGAGACGGUCCAGGCGUGCGCGGGCAGGACGUGCCCGGCGUACUUGUUCCAGUGCGCGUAUGGAGCUUGCGUAGACGCCGGAUCAGACUGUAACGGGAUAAAAGAAUGCGCUGACGGCUCGGAUGAGUCGGACGAGCUCUGUGACAGAGUCCUGUCCGGGAAGCCGACGCAAAAGCCUUCAGCAUCAGGCGGAUGCGUCCUGCCCCAGUACCCAGCUCACGGCUCGUACGUGGUCCUGAACACGCCGAACGCUACUCCCGGCCAGACCUUCGACUCGAUCCAAGUGAACGUGACCUGCAAGCCGGGGUACGGCGUCAUGGGCAGGAACGACGUCUUCUGCUUGAACGGGUGGUGGUCGGAUAAGCUGCCUCAGUGCGUCCGUUUCUGCACGCUCAACAGUCACGCUAGCGUCGAGUACAAAUGUCUGCUCACCAACGGUAACGAGGGUACCAGACCCUGCGGCUCCCUGGAACCGACCGGCACAAUAGUCCAGCCGCAAUGCAGGUCCCCCAACUACUACUCGACCGUGCCGCUCGGCUACAUGCGGUGCAUCGAGGGGAACUGGGACUACGUGGCCACAUGCACUCCAGAAUGCGGCAGAGUCACGCCUGACGGUGAAGAGUUGGUGUUCGGCGGGAGAUCAGCGAAAAGAGGAGAACUACCCUGGCAUGCUGGCAUAUAUAGGAAGACUAGCACACCGUACAUGCAGAUCUGCGGUGGAUCUCUCGUUAGCACCACCGUCGUCAUAUCAGCCGCUCACUGCUUCUGGAGCAACCUCAACCAGCAGCUACCCACAACUGACUAUGCCGUUGCCGUCGGUAAGAUUUACAGACCCUGGAACAAUCCGAAGGACUUGGACGUCCAGAAAUCGGAUGUGAGGGAUAUAAAAAUCCCGAUAAGAUUCCAAGGGAGGACGGCGAACUUUCAAGAGGACAUAGCGAUCGUGAUACUGGCGACAAGGAUCGAGUACCGCACCUACGUCAGGCCGGCCUGUCUGGACUUCGACAUCAGCUUUGAGAGGCAGCAGCUACAAGACGGGAAACCGGGCAAGGUGGCCGGUUGGGGUUUGACUUCGGAAAACGGCAACGCCUCGCAAAUACUGAAAGUCGUUGAUUUGCCAUACAUCGACAUAGAUAGGUGCAUCGGCAUGGCGCCUCCCGGCUUCAGGGAGUACAUCAAUGGCGACAAGAUCUGCGCUGGCGACGGAGAAGGCAAAGCUUUAUGCAAAGGGGACAGCGGCGGGGGUCUAGCUUUUUCCACUUACGACAAGGGAGUCGAAAGAUACUAUUUACGCGGAAUCGUGUCAACGGCUUCUACGAACGAGAAUCUGUGUAACACAAACACAUUCACAACAUUCACACAAGUCUCGAAACACGAACAUUUCAUCAAGCAAUAUCUGCACGUGGUUCAGACUUAGCGUGCCCGCACCAUAGACUAUAGCUUGCACCAUAGAUUAUACAGACUUGAACGCGCGUGGUUUGAAAAGAAAAAGUAAGCAGGGUACAGGUAAGGAGAACCGUCUCUGUUGUGAAAAAGUGUCCGUUAAAAUCUGCUAAAUAAGUGUGGC